AAAGAACCCGAGAAGCCUAAGCAACCCGAGAAGCCUAAAGAACCGGAGAAGCCAAAGCAACCAGAAAAGCCAAAAGAACCCGAGAAGCCAGCAGCCGCGGCUAAACCGGCACCAGCUCCCGCACCUGCGCCAGCGCCAGCACCAGCACCCGCCCCGAAACAGCAGCCGGGACCACCACCACAGGUGAUCCCAAUGAUGCCUCAAGGGCAGCCAGCAAUGUGUUGUGGACCAUCAUACUAUGAUGGUUACGGAGGGCCAGCGUUCAAUGGAUAUGGAAUGCCGCCGCCGCAGCCUUACGAGUGCUACGGGAGACCAGUCUACGAUAGCUGGGGUGGGGGCUGCCCACCACCACCUGCCUACCGAACAUGCCACGUCACCAGAUGUGAUUACUUCAGCGAAGAGAAUCCA